AUGGCAAGUGCCUCUCCCCCUCCAAAGCACACCCAGCUCCCUCAUCCACCCAGCCAACGCUCACCCGACGCGAGGGCCCCACAAUACCCAAUAGCCGACUCUCCUGCUUUCAACUCGAACAGAGCUCAACCAAUCCCCAGAACUUUGCCAGCGCCUCCGACUUCCAAGCACGCGACCGAUAGCGCCUCUCUCGAUGCGGCAACAGCGGCUAUUACAAAGGCCGGUGAUAAUCUCGACGUCAGCGACGCUGGCCUGCUCCAUGACCUCUGCGAGCGUCUGAGCAACCCCGACUCUAUACCCGAGCGAUUGCUCGCCAGCGAAUUAUUGAACUACUCGAGCGAGGAGAUGGCCAAGACACGUGCAGCAGGUCUGUGGGAGAUUACCGCACGAGUGGCCCAAGAGCGACAUUUUGUGUGUCCUCCUCAAAUGGAAGGCGCGGUCAAGAACUAUAUCAAGAUGAUUGAUACUGUUAAUGAUAAUUCAGCAGCGAUCGAGGAAGAGGACCUCAAAGGUAUUGUCGAUCGGCUCCUACUUCGCAGCAUUGACUCACGGUUUGACGAUGCAGCUCGCCUCGUCCGGAUUAAUCAAUCGAAGCCCUUUCAGACAAAUAUACCCGCGAACACAGCCUGCCUAUUCUGCCGGAAACGUAAAAUCAAGUGCGAUGGAUCCCUGCCACAAUGUGACAUGUGUAUGAAGCACCGCCAGGCGAAAUGCGAAUACCCACAAAAGUCUCACUAUGGAGGUUUCUCGAAUAGGGGUGGACUGCACUACGUAGUUCCCAUGGGACCGGAUAUUGCCGCUGCAGCAGCAUCCUCUGGAAAUGGGGCACCUCCCCCAAUGCUGUUGGAGCUUGGGAAAGCGGUCAAAGGGUAUGCGCCGCCUGCGUCAGCGGGUGCUCCCACCUAUAUAUUACCUGGCCCCGCACCUGCGACGGGUUCCGAGAACGGACAACAAGCUUCUAAUGCACGAAAACCUGAUAUUCCUCGACGUGACUCAUAUACCUCAUCGACGGGAUAUAACGCGCGAUACAAUCACACCGGCUCCAACACGCCACCCGCUCGGAGAAACUCAUCCGCUGCGGCUCGACCGGAUGGAAGCGGAGACAAGUCCUGGGAUGGAUAUGCAGACGAGGAAGAAGAGGAUGCGCGGCCGGUGUCAUCGACAUCCUCGCAAGUACUCCAGGACAGGUUAGCAAACGUUGAAAUGGAAGAUGGAGAAGCCCCACGACGACGCUCGCCUCAUACAGGGAAUGAGCGGUGUAUCAACUGCGACACAGACAAGACAUCUCUGUGGCGGAAGGACGAAGAUGGACGAACGAUUUGCAAUGCAUGCCAGAUAUACUUCCGCGUGCAUGGCCGGAAGCGCCCUCCGUCGAUGCGAAGCUCGACCGUCAAGAAGCGACCUGGAAGACAACCACGUCCGUCCGCAGGCCACACUCUCCCCCACGACGUCUACAUGAACGACUACGGCCGCAACGUCCAAUCACCGCACUCUUCGCGCUCCCGCUCCCCACCCCCUACAGAGUAUGUCCACCACCAGCAACAGCACCUCAGAGCAAUAGAACAGGCAAUCGCCAGCGGCCAGCGCACACAGCCCCCAACCACCGCAGGCCUCGACUAUGCCCUCAACCGUGCUCGUCCUCGCCAUUCCGACGAGGGUUAUCGUGGGCGUGCACCAGAUUACGUAUCCCCUCAGGAUCGUGCAAUUAGUCCGGGUGCUCGAAACUCUUAUAACCGGGACGCCCGUGCACCUCUCCAUCCUUCCCCUUCGGUCGACAUGUCCAUGGCUGAUGCAACAGAGGACCGUCAUCGACGUCGCACCAGUGAUGAUUAUCGCCGUCCCCCAGAGGACGAUGACGAAACCGAGGUCCAGGCUGGCGAAAAUCUCUGUGCAGUAGAGGGAGGCCGCUCUCCCGCGGAUGUCCUCGUCUUCCGCUUCGAUGCUGACCGAGCUAAAUCCGUCUGUGCUACUCAAUGGGCACACUUGAGAUCUCCCAACCGCACCGUAGAAGAUGACCUUCGCUUCCAUCUCAAUUGUUAUCGGAAGAAUCCACCAGACUCGGGUUCUCAAGAACGCGUAACUCUCGGGGUGGCAACCGACUGGCUUCCCAAGGCCGGCGUGUAUUCCAUCACAUCUGGCGAUGAGCCCCCGACUUCACACCACAUGGCACCUCCCCCUAACGGAAAACUUAAUCAAACUAUUGACAUUACGAGCGAAAUCAGAGAAGGACUUAAUACGCUCAAAUUUACCCAGCUGAGGGAUAUGUCUGAUUGCGUGCUCGUCGUGCAAAUCUGGAAGGUUGGUCGCAAGUCUGCCGGCCACGCCCCGGCUCCGUCUUCGAGAUACGGAAGUGCCAUGUCGCCUGUUGACAAACACCAACAUUCCCGUGCACCACCUGCACCGGCCUCGUCUCGUGGACCUCCAGUAUACGAAGCGUCACCAAGCCCCGGAAAUGGUGUUCCUGCCCGGGGAGUUUCGCCCGGCCGUGGAUCCCGACCCAAGAACCCUGACGCAGAUCUCAAGCCAGCUACUGCGCGUCGUCCCUCUUGCGUGUAUUGUUCCAACAAUGGGUUGCGCUGCAAGAUCUCCUGGCAGCCAGAAGUGGGAUGUGAAGAGUGCGCCGUCGUGGCAUCGAGUGUUUGGUGGAACCCCCAUCUGACGGAUACCACCCUCCGCCUGUCGAUCGCAAACCGGCGUUGCACUCGCCCCCCGCGUACAUGCCUGGUACUACCAAUACCCCACUCUCCCCUGGUGGUUCUUCGACUGGAUCGAAACGCAAACCUGAGGAUCAAAAUGGAUCAAACAAAUCCAAGCGAAAGAACAACCCCUCCAGCCUCCCAGGCAACAUUGCCACCUAUGCACCACAUUCAACAUGUUCCUGCUCCCCCACCGGCAAACUAUCCUGCUUCGGCUGCUGCACCGGGUGGCAACCCAGGGCGCGGCUCUGCUGUUGACUCCCGUGCCAAUCAGGACCUUCGUCGUCACCAGGAGAUGUUAGUCAAACAGCAACAAGACGCUGAGCGCGAGAGCCAGCGCGUCCUUGCUGGAGGAUUGCCCACUCCCUAUGCAUAG